UGGCGGAGCCCCAGCAGAACAACAGAAGAGUCUGCUGCAGAUUCAACACAUUUAUCGAUUUCUACAACCCGUAUCUAUGAGAGUUUUUGUGAAUUACUGGUCAGAAGUUGGGGAUACAUCCAGCAGCGAUAUUCACUCCGAGGGACAGCUGCUGGCGACGCUUUCUUUAGCUCUUAGUGGAACCUUUUUUUUCUAUCACCAACGCACAAAGGACAGAAAAUAUGCGUUAAAUAACGCCCCCCCCCUCAAAAAAGUUGAAAUUACAUCAGGUUUUACUGAGAGGAGCCGCUGUGGAAAAAACAAGGUACUUCGUGGUUAGUUUUGCCAGCGCUGCAGAACUUGAAUUAGGUGAAAAGUGUGAGUUAAGUGCAGUAGCUUUAGCAGCAUGAGCACCGAGGAGAGCACCGCUGGCAGCCAGGCUGCUGCAGAGGACGACGGCAUGACCUGGUGGUACCGGUGGCUCUGCAAGAUAGCCGGCGUCCUGGGAGGGAUCUCCUGUGCCAUCGCAGGAGUGUGGAACUGUGUCACGUUGAACCCAUUAAACAUCGCUGCUGGCGUAUGGAUGGUGUUGAAUGCCUUCGUGCUGUUCCUUUGCGAGGUCCCGUUCUGCUGUCAGUUCAUAGAGUUUGCUAAUGCAAUCGCAGCCCGUGCAGACAAAUUCAAACCUUGGCAGAAAUCCUUCUUCUACUGUGGGAUGGCACUGUUUCCAGUGUUCGUGAGUUUCUCGUUUACGACUUUGUUUGGGAAUGCCAUUGCCUUUGCGACCGGAGUUCUGUAUGGCCUUGCAUCUUUAGGCAAAAAGGGGGACGCCGUAACUUACGCCAGACUGCAGCAUCAGAAACAAGGGGAUGAAGAGAGGAUGACGGGGACGGUAAACGGCGCUCCAGAGUGAGGCACCCGCCUUUUCACCACUUUCUUCAGUUCUUACAUUUGGAAAGCCUUUUCCUGUCGUCCUACCUCUUCUCCUUCCCUACACAACAUCGCAGAUGUGAUGUUUAUUUAUUGAUUUAAUCUGCUGCAUUCUUGUUGUUCUGUCCCAAUAAUAUCCGAACAGACUGAUGUUGAAUUCAGCUGAUUGUUUGGCACCUUUUAAUUUUGAUGUGUAAAUGGGGAAUUAUUUCUACAAUAUGAUACUUUUAUUGUAUGUUUUUAUGUUUUGGUUGAUAUUGGUGUCAGUUUUAAACCUUUCUUUUUUUUUUUGAUAUAUGAAUGUCUUAAUUUCCCCAAAGCCUUUCAUGAAAUUGAGGUUGACAUUAUUACGAUUGUAAAAUGUGCAAAACUGACUUUUAAGGUUGUGAUUCAGAGUUGUGUGGUAGACGGAGUGCAGUGCACAUAGAUAGAUCGAUCAAAUGAUACACAGACUCAUUGCUGUGUUUUCAGUGUGCCGUCCUGCUUUUGGCUGAAUAUCCCUCUUAAUUUAAGUCAAAAUGGAGUGGGUGGAACAACGCUUUCAGUUUCAGCACGUUGGAAAAACUUCUGUAUAUAUCAGCAGAAAUAAUAACACAGUACUCCAAGGGAUAAUUUUACAAAUGUCCAAAUAAUAAUAAUU